AUGCCCCUCCACCUUCUCCCCAAGAAAUCCUGGAAUGUCUACAAUACCGUGAAUGUCGAGCGCGUACGCAAAGAUGAAGCCGACUUUGCCGCUAGGCAAGAGGCCGAGGAGCAGAAGCUGCAAGAGGAGGAUGCGGAUCGGCGGAUACGAAUACUGCGAGGGGAGAAUGUGAGCCCGCCGCCGAAGCUGCGGGAACAGGGGCAUGAGGAAGAGGAUGGAGGGGAGAAGCGAAAAGAGCGCGAUGAACGUGGGCAAAAGGGCGGGGAACGGAAACGGCGGCGUUUGCAUGGCGAGGACGAUACGGAGAGGGACCUACGGUACGCACAGGAGGAGUUGGAUAGAGGAAGGGGUGAAGGGACAAAAACGGGGGAGGGGAAGGUGAAGAGAAAAGAGACGAGUGAUAAACCGCUGAUGGAUCAGAGGGGUCACAUCAAUCUCUUCCCUGUUGAGGAAUCCCGAGGUGGAAAAGGGGACAAACAUCCAGAGGUUGAGAGGGAGAAGAAGAGGAAGGAGCGCGAGUUGGAGGACCAGUAUACUAUGCGCUUCUCGAACGCGGCGGGAUUUAAGCAGGGGGUAGGAGAGAGGCCAUGGUAUGAGAAAGACACGGGUGGGGAAGCCAAGGGGGAGGGAGAGAGCGUAGGGAAGGAUGUCUGGGGAAAUGAGGAUCCGGGCAGGAAGGAGAGGGAGAAGAAGAGGGUUGUUAGUGAGGAUCCGAUGGCGAUGAUGCAGCGGGGAGUAGAUGGGGUGAGGGCGGCGGAGAGGGAUAAGAGGAAGUGGAGGGAGGAGAAGGAGCGGGAGAUUAGGGCAUUGGAUGAGGAGGAGAGGAGGCAGAGAAGGAGGAGGAAGAAGAAGGAGAGGGAGAGGGAGGAGGGGCGGAGUGUGGGCCAUCACCGGCGGCAUCGAAGUCGGAGUAGGACUAGGAUCAAAGACGGUGGUGGUCAUGAACCCCAUUGA